AUGGCCGACCUACCACCCAUUGUUUUAGACCAGGGUACUGGUUUUGUCAAAAUUGGACGUGCCGGAACCAACUUCCCUGACUAUACUUUCCCGUCAAUUGUGGGCCGCCCUAUUUUACGAGCAGAGGAGCGCAGUACCGACCUGGCUGGCACGGGCUUAGAGGGCAUUGAAAUCAAGGACAUUAUGUGUGGUGACGAGGCAUCUGCAGUUCGUUCACUGCUCCAGAUCUCAUACCCCAUGGAAAAUGGUAUCAUCCGCAACUGGGAGGAUAUGACCCACCUGUGGGAUUACUCCUUCUACGACCGCAUGAAUAUAGAUACCCGCGGUCGCAAAGUCUUGCUCACAGAGCCCCCAAUGAACCCGCUCGCCAACCGUGAAAAGAUGGCCGAAGUUAUGUUUGAAAGAUAUGGCUUUGGUGGUGUGUACGUUGCCAUCCAAGCCGUUCUGGCACUUUACGCCCAGGGUCUGACCUCGGGUGUCGUUGUCGACUCGGGUGACGGUGUUACCCACAUUGUUCCUGUUUACGAGUCUGUUGUUCUCAACCACUUAACCCGCCGUCUGGACGUUGCGGGUCGUGAUGUGACCCGCCAGCUCAUUGCUCUCUUGCUUCGUCGUGGUUAUGCUUUUAACAGAACAGCCGACUUUGAGACUGUGCGUCAAAUUAAAGAGAAGUUUUGCUACAUUUCGUACGACCUGAACCACGACACAAAGCUUGCUGAAGAGACUACUGUUCUUGUUGAAAAGUAUGAACUUCCUGAUGGCCGUGUCAUUAAGAUUGGCCCCGAGAGAUUCCAAGCCCCCGAGUGCCUGUUCCAGCCUCAGCUCGUUGACUGCGAGCAACCUGGUAUAGCUGAAUAUCUUUUCAACACCAUUCAAUCUGCCGACCUUGAUGUCCGAUCCAGUUUGUACAAGGCUAUUGUGCUGAGUGGUGGUUCAUCCAUGUACCCUGGUCUUCCUUCGCGCUUGGAGAAGGAGCUUAAGCAGCUGUGGCUCACCAGAGUGCUACACGGCAACCCAGAGCGACUGGAAAAGUUUAAGGUCAGAAUCGAAGACCCUCCUAGAAGAAGACACAUGGUUUUCAUUGGUGGUGCUGUUCUUGCAAACAUUAUGAAGGACAAGGACCACUUGUGGAUUAGCAAGCAAGAAUGGGAAGAGCAUGGACCAUCUAUCUUGACCAAGCUGGGCCCUAGAUAA